UUCCCCCAUCUCCCUCACAUCGUCUUUCAGUUCAUCCCCCUCCCAAUCGACCCUCUAACCCUCCUCCAGCCGUGGUCGCUCAACCCCUCUCUCCAGCCGCCGUCUCCACCGUUCAGCACCACCGCCGCUGCCACACCCCCUACAAAAACCCCUCUCUCCUCCGACUGUGGUCUCAGAUACUCCUGCUCCUGUCAAUCAAACCCCCCGACGAAAACCCCUCUCCUCCAACUUUGCAUCUCCAGCCAUGGUCGAGCCGCUGUGUCUCUCUCUCGCUCACUCCUGCUAGAUUGCAUCAUGGGUCCUGGAUCAAGAAAGAGUAGUGCAUCCUCCAACUCGAGUAUCACAUCACGUAAAAUUGCAGAACUACGACUUGGUACAGUAGCUACACCUACUCCGCAGCCAGAAGCUACAACAUCUGUUCCUCCUUUUGUGGCAUCUACUCUUUCGAGUGUUCCAUCUCCUUCUACCCAUACAAGUGUUGCAGCUGCACCUUCAAGAACGCAGCGACGUGUGCGGGGGCCUACACUUGAAAAAAGAGUUAGAAGGUUGAUUGAUGGCAAGGAUGGGACGAGGCUCCCAGUUUAUGUGACACAGGAAAUGAGAGCUUUUUGCGGGAAAAAUGCAACUAAAGUGGUGAACGAAUUGGGGUCACAAAUUAGGAGGAUGUGCUGCCCUACUGCUGACAGUUUUUGCCACUCGUGGCCAAGUGUUCCUUCGGGGCUGAAAAUCACCAUAAUACAAGCCGUACGGGACAAAUUUGAAGUCACCGAAGAUAAUGUUGAGUUCACUCCGUUAGUUGAGAAAGUUUUUGAGCACAAAGUCGGCUUACUCUACAAAGGCUGGAAAUGGAGAAUGAAUGAUCAUUACGAAAAGACAAAAGGCUCAUUAUGAAAAGACGAAGGAAGAUGGCCAAAACCCAUAUCAGCUUCCUUUUACCAAAGACAUAAGCCUGGAUGCUUGGAAGUUCAUGAUUGAUCAUAUAUUCAACGAUCCAGAUUGGAAGCCCCGCAAAAUAGCUGGCAAAAAAAAUAGAAAUGCUCUGAUUGAUGGUUACUUUGUUGCUUCUUGUGGUCAUACUUUGGGUUCUCGAUCAUUUGCUGCUGCAAUCACCAUUGAGGCAGACAAGCCUAAUGGAAAGGUGCCAGAUUUGUGUGAGAGAUACCAAGCAUCACAUACAUUGAAAGAUGGUGGAUGGAUCGAUCCUCAAUGUGAAGAGAUACAUGUUUGCAUCUAAUAUCUAUAGACAUUUUGUUUUUUCUUUUUCAAUUAGUCUAUUCCUUAUAUUUUUCAUUGUUUCCUUUCUUCUUUUUGCAAACGACAAACGAGGAUGGUGGCCAAGCGGGACGAGGCGUCUCAAUCAGGAUGUCCGCUGACGGACGAAGAACUUUCAAGGAUUUGUCUUGGGGAAGCAAAGUAUUACGUAAGGGGAUUUGGGGUUGGCCCGAGACCUUCAUCCUUCUAUUCCCAAUCCAGCUCCAACUCAGCACGGCAAGAGCUGCAGAAAGUCCAAUCCGAGAUGGAGUUACUUUGUGAGGAGCGACGAAGAGAACGGGAGGAGUAUGAAGGUGGGAGGAGGAGCGAAACUGGCGUGACGAGGAGCAAAAACAACGGGAAGAGCAACAAAAGCAAAGAGAUGAGGAGCUAAGGCUAAGAGAUGAGCAAAGGCAACGUGAAUUUGAUGAACUCAAAGCCAUGAUGAUGAGGCAAAUGCAUGGACGAGACAAUGUGUGAUUGAGGUGAUGGUGGGAAAUAUUCGGUACAUAAUUUCCUCUUUGCUAUGAAUUAAUGGGUUAACUUUUAAUGGGUUGCAUAUCAAUUGUCAUCUUCCUUCCUCUUC